AUCACCCACACACUCUCAUUUGCCCAACAGAGGAAGCAUAACCCAUUCCUUACUAGAAUCUCAAAAGUAUUCACUAGUCACUAUGGCUCGCUCUUCUUCACUUGUGCUGCUUCUUGCCAUCUCUUCCGUGCUUGUGGCUUCUUCAUCAGCUGCCAACUUCUACCAGGACUUCGAUGUCACAUGGGGAGACGGCAGAGGCAAGAUCCUCAACAAUGGCGAUCUCCUCACUCUCUCCCUUGACAAGGCUUCAGGGUCAGGGUUUCAGUCCAAGAACGAGUACUUGUUCGGCAAGAUUGACAUGCAGCUCAAGCUCGUCCCUGGCAACUCUGCUGGAACUGUCACUGCAUACUAUCUAUCCUCGAAAGGAGCAAACUGGGAUGAAAUCGAUUUCGAGUUUCUGGGGAAUUUGAGCGGUGAUCCAUACAUCCUCCACACUAACGUCUUCAGCCAGGGGAAAGGAAACAGAGAGCAGCAGUUCCAUCUCUGGUUCGACCCGACUGCCGAUUUCCACACCUACUCCAUCCUCUGGAACCCACAGCGCAUCAUAUUCUCAGUGGACGGCACCCCAAUCAGAGAGUUCAAGAACGCGGAGAGCAACGGCGUCCCGUUCCCAAAGAAUCAGCCGAUGAGGAUUUACUCCAGCCUGUGGAACGCCGACGACUGGGCUACGAGGGGCGGGCUGGUGAAAACGGAUUGGUCGAAUGCUCCGUUCACAGCUUCCUACCGCAACUUCAAUGCCAAUGCCUGCGUGUGGACCAACGGCAAGUCUUCUUGCUCUGCAGCAUCAUCAACUCCGGAUUCCUCUUCUACCGAAUGGUUGUCGGAGGAGCUGGACACCACGAGCCAGGAGAGGCUGAAAUGGGCGCAGAAGAACUACAUGAUCUACAACUAUUGCGCUGAUAACAAGAGAUUCCCUCAGGGAGUUCCCCAGGAAUGCAACCUCUCUUAAUAACCAGAUUGUUGUAAACCUUAAGACAACCAUUCUUUAUUCUUUUCCCCCUAUCUUUGUGUAAUCAACACAAUCAAUUUUUUUCUUCUGUAUUACAAUGAAGUUCUAAUGCACCAUGCUGCCCAGAAAAUUCAAAAUCAUUGAAUUGAAGGAGUUUCUUUGUUCCUUGAAAUAGAUAAUAGAUCAGUUAAUAUAACAAGGCUUAUGAUAGGGCAGAGUAAAAGGAAAACUAGGCCUUCACAUGAGCAGUGACCCAUCUUUUAACCAAUAGAAUACCCACCUGAUGGAUUCAGCAGCAAUAAUAAUCAGGGAUGAACAAUGUCAAAGUGGUGAAUGCAAGGCUUGACGUGGCAGGUAGGCAGUAGCAUGGCGGCCAGGUUCCUCUGGAGUCUGGAUAAACAACCUGUCCCAGUAGUAGUGAAGUUCUAACUGCCCCAUUCAUUCUUCAGUGGUCAUCAUGAGUACUUUUUAGACUUUAGAGAAGCUUUCAGAUUCGUUGUCCUAGGCUCUGUGGAAAGUUGACUAGAUUUUGGGGACGACAAGUCGACCACGGGCUCUCCACCAACACCUUCUUCUUAUCGUUUCCUUAGCAUGGCCAUCCUAUGAUAUUCGGAGGCCCUGUUCGACAAUUUAAAAUGUGGCUCCGAACUCUUUUCUCGUAAAUUAUUAUAAAUAAUAAUUAUUAAAUUAUAAUAAAAAUGACAUAAAUUUAUAAAAUGAUUACAAAAGUAAUAAUAUUAUCUAUCAUUGUUCAAAAAGUAACAAUGGUUAUUAUUAUUUCAAAUAAAAUCUUCUACUAGCCCAUUCAUCUUCUUUAUAUCUUUUGAAAACAAAAUUAAUCCAUUUAUUUCUAAAAUAGCAUCAUCAAUAAUCAUAUCUUUGGAUUGUAAAUGUUUACAACUGAAUUUGUUGGAAAGUUGGGAAAUUUUGGAGAAAGAGAAGAAGAGAGGUGUUAAUUCUACAAUUAUUACUUCUAAAUUUGUAAAACAACUCCUAGCUUAGUGGUUGAAUCUCUUUUCAAUAGGAAAGAGGUGCAUGGUUCGAUUCCCUUCCUUGCUAGUUAGUGUUGUUUUGCGGCUCCCCUAUGAGACCCAAAUGGGCUCUACCCCACCUCCGUGCGGGCUCUGCAUCCCAAGGAGCUGUUGCUCCGCUACGAGCCCUAUGUUGGCCCAAUCCUGCCUACACUGCCUACAGACUUCUAGAUUCCGAGGCCCCAAAAUAUUGAGGCCCUGUGCUGUGGAUCUGACCAGCACAGGGUCUGGGCCGGGCCUGUUCCUUAGUUUGGAGGGCGACAAUGGGGGGGGGGGGAUUUUAGGUGGUUAUUGGUCCAUACUCAACAAGCAACACAACCAUUCCGAGGCCCCAAAAUAUUGAGGCCCUGUGCUGUGGAUCUGACCAGCACAGGGUCUGGGCCGGGCCUGUUCCUUAGUUUGGAGGGCGACAGUGGGGGGAGGGGGGGGGGGGGAUUUUAGGUUGUUAUUGGUCCAUACUCAACAAGUAACACAACCAUCUUCUGUGUAGUCGACUUCUUUCAUAUCUAAUAUCUUCAUUAUUCUUGUUGUCUAGUGUUCUGACUCCAUUAUUUUUUUAUCCAAAAUUAUGAGUUUGACUUUUGAUAUUUAGGUUUAUCUAAACCAAAAUCGUUAAUGCCUUAUUGGUUAUUGGUUAACUGAAAAUCGAUUAGACCCUUAACGGUCUUGAUUUUGGUUUUUCGGAAUUUGCCUGAAUUGAUUCUUGGUUUUCAUAUUAUUUAUGACAUAAUAUCAAAUCUUUACAACCUCAAUAUUAACAGUUCAUCUCAAACUCACAAGUUGACUUAGACGACUUAUGACAAUUAGGUUAUUAUCGAUUUCUUAACAUCAGCCCUCUCGUUCUUGAUGUAAUCAAUCUCGAUAUCUUUUUUUUUUGUCAAGAUAAGUCGAACCGCUAUAAAUGUGCUGUGUGUAU